AUGUGUGAUAAACCAGUGCUUCACUACUUCAAUGGAAGGGGGAAAAUGGAAUCUAUCCGCUGGGCAUUUGCUGCAGCUGGUGUCGAGUUUGAAGAGAAGCUCUAUGACACAAAGGAGGAAUAUGAGAAAUUGCUUAAGAGUGGAGAUUUGUUGUAUCAGCAAGUUCCAAUGGUGGAAAUGGAUGGUUUUAAAACUAGUACAAUCAAAAGCCAUCCUGAGCUACAUAGCUGGAAAAUACAACCUAUAUGGAAAGGACCUAAAAGAGAGACUAUUCAUUGAUAUGUACACUGAAGGAAUACACAGACCUCAUGGGGAUUGAUUAUACCAUCAUUCUUUAUGGCUGAAGUUGAACAGAAGAAACAAAGGGAUCUUGUUAAACAAAGAUCUUUAUGAACAGAUAUUUUCCAGUUUAUGAAAAGGCUUUGGAAAACCAGGAAUAUUUAGUUGGAAGACAAUUUAGUAUAGCUGAUGUGCAGCUCCUGGAAGUCAGUUUAGCAGUCGAAGAGCUACAUGCUGAUAUCCUGCAGAACUUCCCUAAUUUACAGGCUUUCAAAGCAAGAAUAUCUUCAAUCCCAACAAUUGAGAAAUUUUUGGCACCAGGAAGUAAAAGAAAGCCUAUUGCUGAUGCAACAUAUGUAAACACUGUAAAGAAAAUUCUUUUCAUCUGA